AUGGCUGACGCUGUUGUAGUAGACCCAGCAAUCCUUGCAAAACUUAAAUUUAUGGCUCCUGUAGUAAAGGAAGCACCAGAAGAAGAACAAAUAAGUACUAAGUCUCUUAUUAGUAAGACCUGGAGACCAGAGAGGAGCAUUGAAGCAGUAUGUAGUGGGGGUAACUUUGAAUUCUCCAAAAAUUCAGAAAUUGCAUACUCUCUUCAUGAUGGAAAAGUGUACUGCUCAAACACUUCGAACAUGAAGGUAGAGAGAGUCAUAGAGUUUGAUCAAGAGUUCAUCCUUACCUUCACUGUGAGGAAUGAUAUCUUAAUAACCUCUGGGAAAUAUGGUGGUCUCAGAAUCUGGAACUUAGUCACAGGCACUUGUCUUAAGUAUAUGGGAACAGGCGGCUCCAUCAUUAAUGAAAUGAGACUCGAUGCCUCAGGAACCUACCUAGCCUGUGCCACUGCAGACAGGAAGGUUAAGGUCUUUGAUAUCAGGAAGAACAAGGUCACUCAUGAGUUUUAUGGACAUAAAUUAUCUGUGAAUUUAGUGAGAUGGAUGCCAAAUAAAGAGCAUAAAAAGGACAAAAUGAUGAUCUUCUCAGCGAGUGAAGAUGGACUUAUUAAAGUAUGGGAUCUUGUACUCAAUGCCUGUGUCGGCACCCUGAAAUAUCACAGAUCUCAGAUCCCAACCAUGGAGUUUACCAAUGACUGAAAGACUCUAAUUGUCUCAUCAAGAGACCAAAAGUUGUCAUUUUGGAAUCUGAAGGAUAAUAAAUUCGACAAAAUUGGAGCUGUUAGGCUAGAAGAAGAUAUUGAAGGAAUGCAUUAUGUUAACCUCAAAGUAGCUGAGGGGAAGACCUUGCCAUACCUUAUCACUGGUGGAACAGAAGGAGCUCUUAGGAUCUUGGACAUCAAUAAUCAAAAGUAUGUUUAUGAUGAAGAAGACCCAAUCAAACAGGAGAUAGAGAAGAUAUUCUAUAUUCCUAAAGAGGAUAAGAUCAUUGCGCUUACAAAUGAUCAGGUUCUCACAUAUUACUCUCUACGCAUUAACGAAGAGAAGAAAAGCCCAGAGCUUAAGAGGAUGUAUAGUUUAUGCUUGUAUAAUGACGAAAUCAUUGAUCUCAGGUAUUUGAGAAAUCAAGAAGAUAACAUCGUGAUGUGCUCUAACUCAGAGUUGGUCAAAAUUGUCGAUCUAAGCACUCAGAGAAAUAAACUGCUUACUGGUCAUGAAGACAUUGUCAUCGCAGUAGAUGUUUUUGAAGAUUUCUUUGUCACUGGAUCAAAAGAUAAAACUUGCAGAGUGUGGAAACAUGUUGAACUUGGCAAUGGAGAAUCAACCUAUAAAUGUAUUGCUAUCUAUGAAGGACAUAAUAUGAGCAUUACUUCUUUAUCCAUAGAACCCAAGAAAGGAACCUAUUUUGUUAGCAGUAGUCAGGAUAGCAGUAUUAAGAAGUGGAAUCUUGGAGAAGCUCUUAGCCUGGAUUAUAAUUCUGAUCCAAGCAAAUUUCCAAUUAAGAUCAACGAAGCCCAGGUUUCAGAAGUGGCUCAUCAAAAAUAUAUCAAUGUCGUAAGAGUCUCUCCUGGAGAGAAGAACAAGGUUGUAGCUACAGCCUCCCAUGACAGAUCAAUUAAGAUCUGGUCAGCUCAUGCAUUUGAGCUUAAAGCGACUUUGAAAGGACACAAGAGAGGAAUUUGGGAUGUUGCCUUCUCUCCAUAUGAAAGAAUCCUAGCAUCAGUCUCUAGUGACAAAACAGUCAAGUUGUGGAACAUUUCAUCUGGGCAAUGCUUAAACACGUUAGAAGGACAUCUGAGCUCGACUGUGAAGGUCCUUUGGAUUAAUGAAGGACUCCAGCUCUUCUCAGCAUCUGCUGAUGGAGCCUGUAAAAUCUGGAACAUUAAGAAAUCUACAUGAGUAAACACCUUUGAUGAGCACGAUGAUAAGAUCUGGUCAAUGGAUUCCUACGGUGAUAAGCUCAUCACAGGAGGAUCUGACUCAAAACUCAUUGAAUGGAAGGAUGUCACCCAAGAAGUAGAAGAGGAAGAAUACAAAGAGAAAGCAGAGAGGUCAAAAGAAGAACACAUCCUUUCCAGCAUGAUCUAUGAAGGAAAAUAUAAGGAUGCUGCCAUCCAAGCAUUUAAACUUAAGAAGAAUAGAGACCUGUUUAAAGUAAUUGAGAUGAUAUUGGAUCAGACUAAAGAUAGCUCAAUUGAAACCAAUAGUGAUCCUGUAAUGUGCAUUCUCAGCAAUGAGGAAAAAUUCGAAUCACAGUUUCAAGGAAUCCAGGUUCAUGAUAUUACCCAUGGCUCUAACAAAGCAGCAGAACUUGUGGUCAAAGAAGUUGUACAGGAGAUGCUAAAAAUCGACUCUAUGAGACUGCUUGAAAUUAUCAGAGAUUUGAAUGUCCAUCAAAAGUACUGAAGAAUAGCUCAGAUACUUCUUUUCCAGAUCUUCAAGUUAUAUGGGCUGACCAAAUUCAUUGAUUUCAUUGAAGCCCAGUUCAAGGCUCGGAACGAGGAAUUGAUCAAAACUGAUCCUGAGAGUUCUAAAAUAACGAGUAAAAAGGGAAUGAUCUCAACUAUUCAGAACUACUUGUCUAUCAUCUCUUUCUACAACCAGAAGCAUAUGGAGAGGAUCCAGAGGAGCCAAAAAGAAGGCUAUCUUGUGAACUUCGUAGUGUCAAAAUUCACCCUCGAUGAAGAGAAAACUAAACUACAGAAAGAUUUCAGAGAAACAGAAGGAUUAAAACUAAAGAAAAGGCAGCUUAAAGCACUUGAAAAAGAAAGCGAUGAUGAAUAA